CCAACGAUCGCCGCGAGUUUCCACACAAUUCCUUUCCAAUUUCCCAAUCAAUCGAUCGAUCGGAAGUCUUGGACGUUCCAAGAAACCACUCACUGAUAGCUCCAUUAUGAGUGGCGUGCUGCGUCGCGGAUCCCUGAAUUUCGAUUGCGUGGGCGGGCCGCGGGACAAGGGCAGGGGCAGCCUCGAGGCGAACCUGUAUGGCGGAUAUCGUGAGACGAGGCCGGGCCCAAAGACUCCGGAAAUCAGUGUCAUUGCAUUGGACUUCCGUCGCUACUCCGAGGACCUCAAGAAGCCGCCCAAGGAGGGGGAGCAGGAGAAGGAGGAGCCACCGGCCAGGGACCUCAGCCAGGAUGCGGACAGCGAUGUGAUAUCGAAUUUCCUGGGACACUACACCCGCUGGAGCUUCCUGUGGACCCUGCUCCUCUGCCUGUUCCAGCUGCCCACCACUUUUCACCUGUUUAUGUUUGUGUUCCAGAUGGCGGACACAGACGUGGCAUCGGGCGAGGCCUCGCCCAUGCUGCAGGGCUGCGUGGAUCUGGACAAGCUGGACCAUCUGCAGACGCGGCUUCUAGAGCGUCUCUUCGGAGCCAUUAGUGCGUGGCAAAGCCUCUGGUGUGGUUUGCUUUCGAUCUUCCAGGCCAUCUGCACCUUCCACAUCUUCGUCUACGUGUUCCAGACUGCUCCCAAGGACUACUGGUGUGCCCAACCGGACCACCUUCGGCAGAUGAGUGUCUCCGAGUGGCGCAACCUAAGUCAGACCUCUAAUGGUUGCCUUCUCCUGGAUGUGGACUACUCCCAGGUGUCCUAUGAUGGCAAUCAGUUGAUCAACUGGCCAGCAAACGCCAGUGAACUGGGCUACCGACAAUGCCAGCACUUUGAGUUCUCCGACGUGGAUGGAUCGGCCAAGACGCUUGUCCAGGAGUUCGAGCUGGUUUGCGGACGCGACAUCCUAAGCCUGGUGGAGACCUGCUUCCUGGUGGGUGCGGCAGCGGGAGCUGUGCUCAGUGGCUGGAUUUCAGAUCGCUUUGGCAGGCGACACACGCUGAUGGCAUUCGUUACCAUCCAGAGCGUUUUCGGUGGAAUUUUGGCCUUCUCAACAUCGGUGGCCAUGUUCAUGUCGCUACGUGUUAUAAUUGGAUUCGCAUCAAUGACCGUGACUGUUGUGAGCUUCGUGCUGGUGGUGGAACUGGUCUCCGGCAAGUGGCGCACCAUAAUCGGCAUUCUCAACAUUCUGCCGGUGGCCAUCUCGUACGUCCUCUCCGCCGGACUGGCCUAUCUAAUCCGCGACUGGCGUCACCUCCAGCUGGCCAUCUCUUGGCCGUGGCUAAUCAUGCUCAGCAUUUGGUUCUGGUUGCCGGAGUCGCCACGAUGGCUAUUGGCCCAGGGUCGCCUGGAUGAGUUGUGUGGUCUAAUUGAGAGAGCGGCCCGGAUGAACGGUACCACUGGCAGCCUGCCCAGCAACUAUCGCAAGACCCUUGAGGCUGCGGUUCCAAGGACAGUGGUACCUCAAUCCCCACCAGAGCUGGCGGGCCAAGUAGAAGGGGUGCAAGCCGCUGGUACGGAUGCUGCAGAUCCCGCUGUGAGUGGCCAUGUGAAUCCCCUGCUGGUGGUGUUCGGCGCCAAGUACUGGCGCACCACCUGUCUGACCCUGAUCAUUUGGCUCACGCUGAUCAUCAUAUACUUUGGCCUCACCCUUCACCUGAGCAACCUGGGAGGGAAUGUGUACAUUAAUAGCGCUGUGGCCGGUACCGUGGAGGCCGCAUCCAUCUGCAUCAGCAUUGUGGUGGUGCUCAAGGUGGGCAUCCGACGGAGUCUCAUAGGGUAUAUGCUGCUGCCGGGUCUCUGCUGUCUGGCCACAAAUCUGAUGCCGAAUCAGACGGGAGUGAUUGCACUGGCCACCAUUGCCAAGUGCCUCAUUGGAGCCAAUAACGCCAUCAUUCCCACCUACACAGCGAUGCAGUAUCCCACAAUUGUUCGCAACUUUGGUGUCGGCAUGGGCAACCUGGCCUCUGGAAUUGCCCUAAUCCUCGUGCCCUUCCUCUGGCAACUGGAGCACAUCGACGCCCUGCUGCCCUUGAAUAUAAUGGGUGUGAGUGGCCUGAUUGGCGCCAUUGCCAUCAGCCUUAUGAAGGAUGUGGAGUGAUCUGGGAGCUGGGAUUGGAACAGGAACUACAACAGGGACAAGAGCUCACUAUCCGUUACGACAUUUGCCUAUAACUGUGAUAUAAUGGACCUACUACAGGGGACAUGGCACACCGAACUUUAUCGUUUUAUUUCUCAUUUCACUCCACCAUUAACUAUAAUAUGCUUUUUAUUUUAUUUUAUUUAUACUUAUUUUAC